AUGACACAUUUACAUCGCAUCAAACGCAAGAUAUCGCCAGAAAAUGGUUUGCUUGAUAUUAUGCGAUAUUCGCAAUGGUUAGACUAUCUGUUGCUUAUUACUGGUAUACUACUUCAUAUUGUGAACGGGGCUCUUGCGCCAUUUAGUUCUUUCAUACUGAAAGGAAUUUGCGAUACUCUGAUAUCUGGUGAACGGAACUACACGCAUGGAGAGCUGAAUAUGGAUAACUUUACUGCUGAUAUGUUACACCAUUGCGACUUAUAUCUGAAACUGGGUCUAGCUCUUCUUGCGAUUGGAUAUUUUUCAAAUGCCUCUCUAUACAUCUUAUGUGAACGAAGAAUAAAAUGUAUUCGUGAAAAAUAUCUGCAAGCAGUAAUGAGUCAGGACAUGGCAUGGUUUGAUAUGCAGCAAGCAGGUGCAUUGACGGGGAAAAUAAGCAGUGGAAUUGAACGGAUCAGAGAUGGAGUGGGUGACAAGCUCGGUUUGGUAUUUUCUGGUGUAGGAGCAUUUGUUAGUGGAGUUUCACUCGGUCUUUACAUGAGUUGGCAGAUGACUCUAGUGACUUUACUCACGGUACCUUUACUGCUCUUAGCAACGGUCAUAUCCGCCAGUCAACUCUCAAAAGCCUCAAGACUGGAAGUGGAUGCGUAUUCCAAUGCUGAUGCGUUGGCCACUGAAGUGAUUGCUGGUAUACGUACUGUCAUGGCCUUCAAUGGUCAAUUCGAGGAAAUUAAACGCUACGAGAAGGAGUUGCACAAAGCUCAGAAGCUUGGCAUAGAGAAAGCUAGAAUUCUUGCUAUGUGCACUGCACUCCCGCUUUCUCUACUGUUCUUCGCAACGGCCGUUUGUUUCUGGUAUGGGACAAAACUGGUACUUGAGGGAACUAUGACACCGGGUUCCAUUUUCGGUGUUUUUUGGGCCGUACAAGUCGGCACGCGAAGAUUAGGAGAAAGCAAUUCUCAAAUGGGAGCAAUCAUCCGUGCAAAGCUAGCUCUUGCUGAUAUUUUCGCAAUCAUUGACAGGGCUCCAAAAAUCGAAUGCACACAAGUAGAUAGGUUGACACCACACAAGGCUGAUGGACACAUUGCUUUGAAAAACGUGUAUUUCUCUUAUCCGACAAGACCAUCAGUACAAGCGUUGAAAAAUGUGAGCUUCGAAGUGAAAAGGGGAGAAACAAUCGCUUUGGUGGGGCACUCCGGAUGCGGUAAAACGACAAUGGUUUCGUUACUGUUGCGCUACUACGAACAAAAUGGCGGUCAGAUAUACCUUGACAAUGUUCCGCUUCGUGACUACAAUAUCAAAUGGUUACGAAACAUUAUUGGUGUUGUACAGCAAGAACCUGUCAUAUUUGCGGCUACUGUAGCUGACAAUAUUCGAAUGGGAGACAACUCGUUGACCUACAAGGACAUAGAAGAGGCUUGUAGAUUAGCCAAUGCUCUCAGCUUUAUCAAGAAGCUUAGCCAAGGAUUCGACACCCUCAUUGGUGCAGGUGCUGUGCAGCUCUCCGGCGGCCAAAAACAACGAAUCGCCAUCGCUCGCGUGUUAGUUCGAAAACCACAAAUUUUGGUACUAGAUGAGGCAACAAGCGCGCUAGAUUCGGAAAGCGAGCAUGCGGUACAAGAGGCACUCGAAGACGAUAGAAAAAACCGUACUACAAUUUGCAUCGUUCAUAGGCUUUCUACUGUAAAAAAUGCUGACAAAAUCUUGGUUUUUGAUCGAGGGUGCAUAGUGGAAGCAGAGCUGUUGGCUAUCAAUAACGGAGUGUACAGCAACAUGGUGAAAGCCCAAAAUUUGGCCAACGAAAAAGGAAACACGAUGACUGAUGAAGCGAACAGUGUAGACGACAGCGUAUGCGACAUCGAAGUCGAACCUGGUGUGAAUGUGAGGCUCAGAAAAGAGUCUCCAUCAGCUUUGCGCCAAAAACCCGUACACGUAUCGAUGAGGAAAUCCUUUCACCGCGAUGCAAACUCGAGUUUUCCAUACAAAGUUUUGGUGGAAGAAACCACGAAAGCAUCAUUCCGCGAUAUUCUCUUGUAUGCGAAGCCGGAACUUCCGAUGGCCUUUGGGGCAUUUAUCAUAACAAUAAUUCGUGGAUAUUCGUGGCCAAUUUUUUCGGUCAUUUACGGCAGACUGUUUUUACUGCUGUCAACCCCUGAUCCAGCAAUCAUGGCACACGAUAGCAUCAUCAAUUCCUUCUUAUUGCUUUUGUUAGCUAUUGCAACAGGAGUAACUACGCACUACUCCGGCUACCUUUUUGGGGUUGUAGGAGAGAGAGUGGCGAUGCGUUUGAGAAUGGAUGUCUUCAAGAAUCUCAUGAGUCAGGAUGCAACGUACUUCGAUGAUCCAAAGCACGAUGUAGGAGUGCUGACUUCACGAUUAUCUGUAGAUGCGCCAAACGUUCAAGUAGCCAUCGACCACAGAUUUGCCACAGUAUUACAAGGAGUUUGUUCGCUAAUAGGCGGCCUUAUCGUGUCUUUUUACUACGGCUGGAAUGUUGCGCUUUGCGGCAUAGUCAUUGGACUUAUGCUAGCAAUCGCUCAGACGAGUUUGGAGAGGUACCUCAAAAUCAAAGGAGAAGAGGAUGUUGACUCAGCAAUAACAGCUAACAGAAUUAUUGCUGAGUCGAUUUCAAAUACAAAAGCAAUACAAGCGCUAUGCAGAGAGGACUACAUGUUCAGAAGAUACACUGCUGCUUCAAAAGAACCCUACAAAAGGGCACUGAUUAGAGGCCUUUGGCAGUCGCUCAACUUUGGAGUGGCGAAUUGCUUUUUUACCGUGAACUUCGCCAUAACAUUCACUUACGGAGUUUAUUUGAUUAGAAACGGAUGGAGUACGCCUUUCAGAGUAUUUGAAGUCAGCCAAGCCCUGAACAUGACUGGCGUUAUGAUGGCUGCUUCAUAUUUUCCCGAGUACAUUCGAGCUAGAAUCUCCGCCGGUAUUAUGUUUAUGAUGAUGAGAACAAGAGCAAGGAUUAACAAUAUGUGGAAGGAAGGCAAAAAACCAGAGAUAAAAGGUAAUAUCGUUUUGAACGAUGUCUAUUUUGCAUACCCAAACAGACCAGAAGCCCCUGUUCUACAUGGCAUGAAUCUCAGUGCAAAACCUGGUCAAACAAUCGCUCUUGUUGGUGUCAGCGGAUGCGGAAAAAGCACAAUAGUUCAAUUAUUGGAGCGCUAUUAUGAUGUUCAACGCGGUGAAGUGUGCGUUGACAACCACAACGUACGCGAUCUCUCACUCCGCCACCUUAGAGACAAUAUGGCCGUGGUUGGACAAGAGCCGAUGCUGUUCAACAUGACAAUACGUGAUAACAUCACAUAUGGGAUGGACAACUGUACGCAAUCGAAAAUGGAAGAUGCGGCUCGUCUGGCUAAUAUACAUGAUUUCAUAGUAACGUUACCAAAGGGCUAUGACACAGUAAUCGGCGAUAAGGGAAAUCUGCUCUCAAUUGGUCAAAAGCAACGAAUAGCGAUAGCUCGAGCAAUCGUGAGAGAUCCUAAAAUUUUACUUCUGGAUGAAGCUACAAGUGCGUUGGACUCCGAGAGUGAGAAGUUGGUGCAAGAAGCUCUAGACAAGGCACGACAAGGGCGAACAUGCUUGAUGAUUGCUCAUCGAUUAUCGACAAUACAGAAUGCCGAUCAAAUCAUCGUAUGUUCUGAUGGUCAAGUUGCCGAGCAAGGAACGCAUCAAACUUUACUAGCAAAAAGAGGAAUUUACUAUAAGCUGGUUCAGCGUCAAAACAGAUAAUCGAAUAGUUAAUACUGCCUAAUUUUAUGUAUUGUAUAUUGCAGUCAAAUAUAUCACACAUGGUAGAAUUCAUA